CACACGUGCAGCAGUGUCAACAUGGGGAAAAGAAACCAGAACAAGCAACUUUUCACUAAUUUGUCCAAAAAACAGAAGAAACACUUGAAAGAAUUUGGAGAGGAGCAUCCAUUUCAUGAUGUAGUAAAUGAAAGACCAGAAAGAACUGAAAUAGUGCAACUGCCAGGAAGUCCAGAACAGUCUGACGAUGAGCCUGAUUUGGAGGACGAGGAGGAGGAACCAGAGCAUAAAACAGCCUACCAGAAGCUACUCUCAACUAUCAGCCAACCCGACAGUGACGACCAGAGUGAAGACGAGGAGAGCAUUGAUGAUGAAGAGGAAGAAGAGGAGCUUCUUGAUGAAGGGGACAGUGAUGGAGUUGGCGAUGACAGUGAGGAUGGUGAUGGUGAUGAAGAUGAAGGGGAGGAAGAGGUACCCGAGGAUGCAGAUGAAGUUGUGACUGAAGUGGUUGAAGGGGAGGGGGACGAGGAGGAUGAAGGGGAGAAGCAGGAGGCAGGAGAUGGAGAGUUCAUAGACAAGGAGAAUGAGUCCAAGUUCUGCCUGGAGAGCAACUUCAUUGGCGAAGGAGAAGAGGAGGAUGCUGAAAGCCCCGCUGAGCUUGACAGCAAGGACCUGUUUUUACAGCAUUUGGACACAGAGCUUAGUGAAGAGGACGUGCAAAAGAUUACUUCUCGCGGCAAAGCCAAGACCCAAAUAACGUGGCCAAAAGUGGGUGCUCUUCUCUGCACCAAUCCCCUGGAGAAGUUUGGCCCCAUCAGCUCACAGAAAGACACAAAUCCCCCAGUUUUCCACAAACUCUUGGAAGCCUGUUUGAAGGAUCUAAACUCUUCUAACACUGAAGUGGCAGUUAAGGAGGCCAGCCCCUUCCAGCUAGAGCUAUUGGCUCUCAUGAGCUCCUACAAAGAUCUCUACUACCCAGAGGCCUGCCCUUUGAAGCAGGGCCCUCAGGUUCGCAGUGCAUACUGCCUCCAUGUUCUCAACCACAUACUGAAGGCCAACUCCCACGUCCUAGCUCACAACACACAGCUCAGAGAGCAGAAAACUCAGCCUAAGCCUGGAGCUGAGCCGCAAGAUGAACCUAGAGACCAAGGCCUGACCCGGCCCAAGGUCCUGAUUCUUGUGCCGUUCAGAGGUGGAGCGCUCCACAUCAUUCAGACACUCAUCAGUUUGCUGGAGACCAAAAACAAGAAGAUAGUUGUCAGCAACAAGAAGAGGUUCAAGGACGAGUUUGGAGAGGAGGCAGAUGAAAAACCGUCCAAUCUGCAGAGACCAGACGAUUACCACACCAUUUUCUCUGGCAAUGUGGAUGAUCACUUCAGGAUAGGUAUCUCAAUCAUCAGGAGCAACAUGCGCCUCUACGCCCCUUUCUACUCAUCAGACAUCAUCAUCGCUUCUCCGCUGGGCCUCCGCACAGUGCUGGGAGCCGAAGGAGAAUAUAAAAGAGAUUUUGACUUCCUCUCCUCCAUCGAGAUGCUGGUGAUGGAUCAGACAGAUGUCUUCCUGAUGCAGAACUGGGAACAUGUCCUGCAUGUGAUGCAGCACCUAAACCUGCAGCCACUUGAUUCUCAUGGAGUGGACUUCUCCAGAGUGAGGAUGUGGAACCUCAACAACUGGGCCAGACACUACCGACAGACGCUGGUGUUCAGCUCCAUCCAGGACCCGCAGAUCAACAACAUCCUCACCAAGCACUGCGUCAACUACCGCGGACAGAUUGCUACUAAGAACAUCCCAAAAACAGGAUCCAUCUGUCAGGUGCUGGUUCAGCUGCCCCAUGUGUUUCAGAUGUUCUCCUCAGACACCUACCUGGACCAUGAUGUUCGGUUUGAGUUCUUUUUGGAUAAAGUGUUGCCACAGUACAGGGACUCGGUUAUGUCCCACACUCUGAUCUACAUACCCUCUUACUUUGACUAUGUCCGGUUGCGUAACUACAUGAAGAAAGAGGAGAUGAACUUUGCCAGCGUCUGCGAGUAUUCCAGCAAAUCGGAGGUAUCCCGAGCCAGGCAUUUCUUCCAGAAAGGGGAUACACAGUUCCUGCUCUUCACCGAACGCUUUCACUUCUAUAAGAGGUACACCAUCAAAGGGAUCCAGAACCUGAUAUUUUAUGGACUUCCCUCGUACCCGCACUUCUACAGCGAAGUGUGUAACAUGCUAUCAGCGGGCGGUCAGGGGGAGGAAGCCAGCUGGACCUGCACUGCCCUCUACUCCCGCUACGAUGCCCACAAACUGGCUGCCAUCACCGGAGCCCAGCGAGCCGGACAGAUGCUGCACUCCAACAAAUCUGUUCAUCUCUUUGUUACAGGAGGGGAAGAUAAAGCCUCCUGAUGGGGCUGGACAGUUAAAAAGAGGGACCACUGGACUGAAAACAUAGUAGAAAUCUACUGUAUUGCAUAUAAAAUCCUAUUAGGAUCUAUGCCACAAUACUUUCCAUUUUAUUUGGACAGUAUUGUAUUCACUCACUCAUGCACAAGGAAGAAAAUAUGUUUAUCAGUUUGUUUAACCACAACCACAAAGUGGUGGUUUAUGAAUUUACAUGUUAUCACUGUGAUAACACAACUUGGCUGUGUUUCAAGUUUCAGCAUAUAAUUAUUUUAUUAUGUUAACUGUCAUGCAAUUUGAAGAAUCCAUAUUUGUAGAAAUAUCUGUCUUAAAAGUGCCAAAGUUUUCUGAAAUUAUGAAAAUAAUGACCAAUUAAUUUUUAUGAUUGUUAGACUAGUGGCACUACAGUUACAAAUAAAAUGUAA